CAAGUCCCAAUGGCUUUUCCAAAUGAGCUCGCCAUCGUCGUCAGCAGUAAGCCUGGGAUGGAGGUCGAGACGAUGAUGAAGAACAAGUCGACAAGGAGGGCUGGUGGAAAGGUACAGAAGAAGAGCAAGGGGAAGAAAGGCCAAUGGACAGCUGAAGAAGACAGGCAUUGUUAAUUACUUACUCUGUUUCCUCUGUUUCCAUCUUUGAGCUCUCAAGAACAUAAAGAUUCUCUUUAUUGAUGUGGGUGUGUUAUCGUGCAGAUUGUUGAUGAGUCUGGUGGAGAAGCAUGGACUCACGAAGUGGGCUCAGAUUGCAAAGUUGAUGCGAGGAAGGAUCGGGAAGCAAUGCAGAGAGAGGUGGAACAACCAUCUCAGGCCUAAUAUCAAGAAGGAGACGUGGAGCGAGGAAGAGGACAAGAUUCUGAUCGAGGUGCAUUCGGAGGUUGGCAACAAAUGGGCAGAGAUCGCGAAGAGGCUCCCCGGCCGGACGGAGAACUCCAUCAAGAACCACUGGAACGCCACCAAGCGGAGGCACUUCGCCCCGCGAUGCCGCCGGCGGCCUGCCAGGAGCAUGAGCAACCCCAACUCCGGCGUCCUCCUACAGACCUACAUCCAAGGCCUGAUGGCCACGGCCGCCCGGCCGCCACCAACCUCGGCCGAGAACUCCUAUCCCAGCGCCCCCCGCGUUCUUUCCCGAAACGCUGCAGCCGCAGACGACGACGACGACUUAAGCGACUGGACCAGCCUUCUGUUUGACGACGGCGGCAAGGCGGAGGAGGAGCAGGAGAAGAUCAUGAAGGUGGGAGCGGAUGACGGUGCCGGGUACCUCUUCGAUUGCCCGCAGUGGGAGGAGAUGGGGGAGGCGGCUCAGCUGUGCUGGGAGGACGACGGCCAACCGGAGGUGGAGCUGAUGGAGAUGAUCUCCCGUUGCCAUAAUUGAUCUCUAAUUACAAAUAAUCCAAUAAUCACACACAUAAUAAUAAUUACAGUUUAAUUAGACAAAAAAAAAAUCAAAAGACUUCGUUUUUUUUUAGAAUAAAAAAGUUUCAUUUAUUUAUAUAUUAUUUUCAUAA